AUGUAUGAUUGGCGUUAUCGCCAGUUAGCACUGCGAUGGCAUCCUGAUAAAAAUCCUCACAACAAAACCGAAUCUGAACGAAGGUUCAAGGAGAUCGCUGAGGCAUACGAAGUUUUGAUCGACACCGAGAAACGAGCCGUUUACGAUCGCUACGGCGAAGAGGCACUUAGGUCUGGCUCUGGCUAUGGCAGCGGCGGUUUCGACACAUCGGGUCAAUUUUCGGACUUCCGUUUCCGAUCCCCUUUCGACGUGUUUCGAGAUUUUUUCGGUGACGAUUCCGACCCGUUCCACGACCUGUUCGAGCGAAACUCGUCGUUCAUGCCUUUCGGAUUUGGUUUAGCUCAUUUCGAUAGCGUUUUCUGUGAUCCAUUUCUUUCAAAACCCAAAGGAAAUGCGUCACCUUAUAAAUAUGGUACUCGUAGUUUUCUGAAUGGUUUCAUUCCUGUGGAUCCAUGGGAUGAACUUAGGAACGAUAUUAAUGGCGGAAAUAAAAGAACGGUAGAGGGCGAUAUCGAGACGAUCGAGGUGUUGGAAAAUGGCAAACUGAUGUCGCGAACCAUCAACGGCAUGAGCAAAAAGACGCACCCAAAAUUUGUAGACAAAUCGAAGUAG